AUGCGUCUCGACAUGUACGAUGACCAGGUAGUCCGGCAAUCAGAUAUAGGACACCAUCUUUUCUUGGAUCAAGGAAGCUUGGGCAAGAAUCGGUCGGAAGAAUGCUGUCGAAUGCUCAAAGAAGUGGCUCGAUCCAAAGGUCGUGACAGUCCAUGGAUUGACGGCAAUGAUUUCCUACUGGACAGAGAUCACUACGAGGGUAUCGAUGAAUUCGAAGGAUUCUGGGGCUGGAGCGCCUUCAUCUGUGUCCGAUUGAAUUCAGAAGCUGAACAGGUCACGAGUCGCUAUUGCUGGGAUUUUUACGUGCCCGCUAUAUUUGUUCAGACUUGCGGCUUAGUGGCAAGAAUCCGGCUGCAAAUCCGAGAGCAUAGUGUGAUUCAAAUCCAUCCAAACUCUCUCAUGGAUCUAAGAUUAGACUGUCCUUUUCCAUCCUUGUCUGAAUUUGUGAAAUCAUUCGAGAUGGACAAGAUCGAUAGUGGUGAGCGUGCAAAUGUCCCGGCCGUUGUGAUUGUUAUCCAUUUUCUGGAACUCUUCAAAUCUAAACACUGUGGGAUUCCACCUCUAAACUCGGCGGGGAAAGCAGAAUUAAAGGAAAUGAUCUUGGCUGAGAAGCAAAAUGACAACGAAAAGAACUUCGAUGAAGCGGUGGACCUGAUUGAGAAGGCCUGUCAACCGACCAAAGUGCCCAGACACAUAGAAGAAUUAUUUAAUGAUCCUCAAUGUGAUAAGAUACCCUGGUUUAAUGGCAAGUUUUGGGUACUUGUACGAAGCUUACGAGAAUUUGUCAAAACAAGUCCUACCCACCAAUUGCCAUUGUCCGGCGCCCUUCCAGAAAUGAAGACCGAUACCAAGAACAACAUCAAGAUGCGGUCGAUCUAUUAUCAGCAAGCGUUGGAAGACCUGGAAAGAUUCAAGGAGAUCGUUGAUGAGAUGACCGAAUCAGUCGAAGAGGAGUAUGAAGGCAGGCCGCAGGAGUAUACCGAAGACUUUAAGCAUUGGCUUGUACCCCCGGAGCUCGAUAUAUCUCCUGAGAUGGUUAAGAGCUUUGCAGAAAACUCCGCCCACAUACGUGUGGUCCGGGGAAGCCGACUUGGUCAAGACCCAAAAGACCUCAUCCCCCAGUUUGUGAAAGAAUGUCAGCCGGGGAAUGAGGAAUACCACGCAACGUGGUAUGUGGCAUUCGAAGCCAUGGCCGCCUAUAGGUCAAAGCGCGAAGGCAAAUACUGCUAUCUGGCCGGUCACGAGGGCGAAUAUCCUGGGAUGCGCAAGGACCAGGAAGACGGCGACCUCCAUGCACUUUGGAAGUUUUCCCUCGGCUGGUUGAAUUCCCGCAGAUGGGCUGCGCCAAGGGAUGACCAGGAGCAGGAGAUAAUUCCCCAAAAACUACAAAAAGUGUUGAAAGAAAUGAUCCGAUUGGCUGGGAGCGAGCUCCCUCACAUUGGAAGUAUGACUGGAGGCCUUGUUUCCCAGGAAGUCAUCAAGCUGAUAACGGGCCAGUACAUCCCCACAAAUGGUGUUUGUAUCUAUGAUGGUUAUCAAUCAAUGACUAGAGUUCUAGAGUUCUAA